UGAAUUUUGCAAAACUUGCGGCGUAGAGUGCCCUAGUGGAAGCUUGUUCAUUUUCAUUAGUUUACCGUCAUCAUAUGGCAGGAAGCUUUGAGAAGCCUUUCAAAGCUAGGUCAAAAUCAGAAUCGCGUGAAGGCAUAAGCGUCUCGGACAGUAUAAUAGAGCAGAACAAAAUUGAUCCAUGGAUUGCUUCACAAUACUACUAUCAUGGAUACCUUAAUAGACAGGAUAUUCCGUCGAUACUAACCCAACACGGCGAUUUCCUGGUGCGAUCUACAGAGACAUUCUACACAACCAAGACGGAUGAGAUGCGGCGAAGAAUUUCACCAAUUAUAUGCGUUGUUUCGGACCCCGAAGACACAUAUGCGAAAGCAACGGAAGAUGAAAAACUGGAAAUGGUCCGGAAUCUGAUGAUUUAUGAGAAGUCUGGGAAAACAUAUGUUGAUCCUCAGCACAAAUUCGAGUCAGCUGCCGCUAUGUUCGAGCACCACAUGCAAAAUACCUUUGUCUUAAACGAUGUGACAAUAAAGUUGACUCGAGGUAUUGGAUUGACAAAUUGGGAGUUCGAGCACAAAAAUGUUCGCGUGGGAAAAAUGAUUGGCCGUGGACAGUACGCAGAAGUGAUGAAGGGAAAACUGUUGCUGAAAACUGGUUCUGUAGUGAAAGUUGCAGUUAAAGUGAUCAAAGCGAAUACUGAGUUAUCCAAGGAAAUUAUCAAAGAAGUGAUGAAAGAAGCUAGGUUGAUGAGAGGUUUGCACCACCCAAAUGUGGUCAAAAUCUACGGAGUUGGAGUGCUUGAGCGCCCUCUCUACAUUCUUCUAGAGUAUGUUGCAGGUGGCUCAUUGAAAAUGUACCUAAGGUCGAACAAAAAAUCUAUUAGCAUCGACGAAAAAGUGCAGAUUGCCCUGGGGGCGGCAUGGGGAGUUGGUUACCUGCACAAAUCUAAUAUACUGCACAGAGAUAUAGCUGCCCGCAACUGCCUUUACGAUCACGACUCCGCCGUCAAAAUAUCAGACUUCGGGUUAUCUCGAGUGGGUACAGUAUACAAAAUGAAGUCAGCCAAAAAAAUGCCUGUCCGUUGGAUGGCCCCAGAAAGCAUAUCUCGAUACACGUUCUCACAAAAGAGCGAUGUUUACUCUUUUGGGGUUCUUAUAUACGAGAUAUUCACGGGAGAAGACCCUUACGGGGACGUGACAGCUGCAAAGGCUAGAAAAAAGGUCAUUGAAGGAAACCUCAACAUUUUUCCCAAAGAAACGCCAAAAGAAAUUAUAACUUUGGUCAACGAGAAAAUGUGGAACAGAGAUCCAGAGAAAAGGCCGGACAUGCAAGCAGUAGCUGAGUUUUUUGAGCACUUUGCGGGACUUGUGGCAGAGACAAGAGACGAGGCAAUUCAGAGUCGUAAACCUAAAACAGAAAGCGCUGAGAAGACAGUCAUUUUGACACCCAAACAGCGAGCGUUCAAGGCAAUGCGAAAAAAGGCUAGAGGUGACUUAUCGAGAAAAACAGAAACAUCGCAGGAUUUUAGUGAAGUUAAAAAGAUAAUCGCGUCUUCAUCCAAAGCAAUUAUGAAUAGGCAGCAUUAGAGAUUAAAAAAGUUUCAAGAAACGAAAACUAACUCGAUAAAUUUAAUGUGAUAUUUUCCUAAAAGCAGCCUGUAGAGGUCCGACUGCGAAAAAUGUUUAUAUCAG